AUGCCCUUUGGGUUAAGGAAUGCAAGAGGAACAUACAAGAGGUUGGUAACGAUUAUGCUCAAGAAGUUGCUCAGCAAGACUAUGGAGGUAUACAUAGGCGACAUGGUGGUCAAAAGCAAAGAGAAGCAGAAUCACAUUGCCGAUUUAAAGGAAACAUUCGAAAUCUUAAGAAAGUACAGACUGAAACUCAACGCCUUGAAGUGUGCGUUCGGAGUUAGUUCAGGGAAAUUCUUGGGCCAUCUUGUGACUAUAAGGGGGAUAAAGGCAAAUCCCGAUCAAAUAAUGGCCUUGCAAAGGCUACAAAGUCCCAGGAUGACGAAGGAGGUCCAAAGACUAACUGGGAUGGUCGCGGCCCUCAACAGAUUCAUUAGCUGGUCAAGUAACAAGUGUAGACUCUUCUUUCAGUUAUUGAAUAAGAGGGAGGGAUACGAAUGGGGAACAGAAUGUGAACAAGCCUUCCAAGACUUGAAGAAGUACUUGGUAGCGGCCCCACUUCUAUUGAAUCCGGACCCAGUUAUUGCUGCGAAAAGAAGAUUUCUCGGGAUGAAUCUCGACUUGGUCGAUGGAGCUAAGUUACUCGUGGUGAACCAAUUGUCCGGGGAGUAUAAAGCCCAGAAUGAAAAGAUGGCAGCAUACGUGGAAGCCGCCAAGGACUUACUCGAUACUUUCAAGAAAGUUUAUCUUGAGCAGAUAAGCUCAAGGCAGAAUGCCCAUGCAGACUCAUUGGCUUGGCUAGCUGCAGCUGUACCAACCAAACUCAAAAGAAGAGUGGCAGUGGAUUACCUUACUGAGCCUAGUAUCGGAAGAAGUAUAGAGUUGGUCUUGGACAUGAACCAAGGACCAAGUUGGAUGGAUCCAAUUGUGGACUUCUUACGAGAUUGGACACUUCCCUCUGACAAAAAAGAGGCUCACAAGAUAAAAACAAAAUCCACACGGUUUUGGCUAUCCCCUGAAGGGAAGUUGUACAGAAAGUCCUUCACAAGUCCCUACUUACUUUGUGUGCACCUCGAGAUGUGGGGGAUGGACAUUGUGGGUCCACUACACAAGGCAACUAGAAAUCAAAAAUUCCUGUUGGUAGCAAUAGAUUAUUUCACGAAGUGGAUUGCAGCAGAGCCUUUGGCCAAAAUUACAGAACCUAUGAUAGAAAAGUUCGUCUGGAAGAGUAUGAUCACGAGGUUUGGGGUCCCUUAUUCGUUGAUUAUGGAUAAUGGGGCACAAUUCCAAAAGAAAUUCAAAGCUUUUUGUUCUCAGUACGGGAUAAGAAACUAUUAUUCCACCCUAGCUUACCCUCAGAGUAAUGGGCAGGCAGAGGCAUCUAACAAAACCAUCCUUGAUGGGAUCAAGAAGAUGUUAGAUAAGGCAGAGGGGAAGUGGCCCGAUGAACUAUCACUGGUCCUAUGGGCACACCGAACAACGCCUAGAAGGUCUACGGCAGAGACCCCCUAUUCGUUCGCAUGUGGGACGAAGGCCGUUAUACCAUUAGAGGUUGGUUUGCCUACUAACAUGACCGCUUUGGUUGAAAGUGCGGGCAAUGACAGGGCCCUAGAGAUUGAGUUGGAUCUUGCUGAGGAACGAAGAGAGCAGGCUCUGGUGCAUUUGGCCUCUUAUCAGGAGCAGCUCAUGAAGAGUUAUAAAAAGCAUGUGCACCCGCGAAAGUUUCGUAUUGGGGAUCUGGAACUACGAAAGGUGCUCGGUAACACCAAGGUGCAGAAUGAGGGCAAGUUGGGGGCCAAUUGGAAAGGCCCAUAUCGAGUAACUGUGCCCCAAUAA